GCCGGUCUAGGCUGAAUCGGUAAUGUAACCAACCACGCCCUAAACGAGCAGGCGGAAAGGGUGGUUCAGUUGCGUUCGCUCGAUUGAUCCAAAAAAAAAAAGUUGCGUUCGCUCGAUCGAGCAGCAGGGAAACAAGCCAUGGAGAGCUCGCCGCCCACCAUCACCGUCCAGGUGAAGUUCGCCGGCCGAACCAUUCCGGUGGAACUCCCGACAUCCGCCUCCACCGCGGAGCUGAAGCUCCUCCUCCAGCCGCUAACCAACGUUCUUCCCCGCGGCCAGAAACUCAUCUGCAAAGGAAAAGUUCUUGCCGACGCCGCGAGUCUGAGCUCGAUGCAGGUUGGGGACAGAUCCAAGGUCAUGCUCAUCGCUUCGCAGGGUCUUCAUCAGGGGGAAGGCCCCAUCACUAAGAAUAGCAGUGGUCUUGCAGCAAGUGCAAAAAGAACCUCAAAUGUUAAGGAUAAUCAAACACUAAAACCGGAGAUUAUCAGCAAAAGCCGAGCGGAGCGUUGGAAAAUAACAGGUGUCAUUGCUUUAUCUGGUUCCAGCUUGAAGGCAGUGCCUGAGGAAGUCUGGGACUGUGGCUCCUCCAUACGAGUACUAGAUGUCUGUAACAACUCAAUUGAAGCAAUUCCACAGAAAAUUGCUGCCCUUAAAUCAUUAAAUAAAUUGUUGCUAACCGCCAAUGACAUAUCUGAUGGGGGCAUCAGCUGGGAAGGUCUAUCAUGUGUUGAUACAUUAACAGUUUUAUCUUUAAGCCAAAAUCGAUUGGUCACUUUACCUCCGAGUUUGGGCACAUUGACUUUUCUACGUGAACUUCGCAUUGCAAAUAACAUGCUUGGCAGCCUACCUGUUGAAAUAGGUUUGCUGAAGCAGCUAGAGAUUCUUAUAGCAAAUAAUAAUAGGAUAACUUCGCUGCCUUCCUCUAUAGGCGAUUGUGAAUCUCUCUUUGAGGUGGACUUAUCAUCAAAUCUUUUAGCCGAACUACCAAAGGCUUGCGGAAACCUUCACAAUCUGAAGACUCUGCAUCUAAGGAACAAUGGCCUUAAUUCCCUACCGCCAACUUUAUUCAAGAAGUGCUGGCGGCUUACUACACUUGAUCUCCAUGGCACUGGAAUCACAAAUGACAUUCUUCGACAGAUGGAGGGCUGGGAGGAGUUUGAUGAACGUAGGCGGCAGAAGUAUCAAAAGCAGCUGGAUUUUCGUGUGGGAUCAUCAGGUGUUUUCGACGAGGGUGCGGAUGAUGAUAACCGGCAUGCAUAAGUGUUUCUUAUUACAGACAGGGUUUUGCGCUUCCAAUAUUGUCCCAGAAUUAUUCUAGAAUUGAACACAGACACGGAGCUGAUAUUAUUCCUCACAUUUUGGUUGUGUAUUUGUUUAUUCCUCUCAUUUCAUUACAUUUUAGUGCCAAGUGAUGAAAAGUGGUGGCUACCUGUUAAACAUUAUCAGAGCAUUUGCAUCCCCAGCAUUCAUAACU